AAGUUGAAUGCGUGAUCUUGUGUGAGUUUCGUGAACUGCUGUAUUUACUUGUUUCUAUUUUUCAAUUCUUAUCUUUUUAAUAUUUCCGAGAUUUCAAUGAGACGUUGUUGAUGAUCAGUAGCAAUAAUAAUAGUACAGUUUAAGACAAGUACUGUGUCUAGUUUAAUAAAUACUAGUUUUAUACGCGCUGCUGCCUUUCGAACAAAUAACCUUAUAUUCUUUGAACAUAUCAGCACUUUUCUUCAAUAACAUUUGAUAUAGAAUGAUCUGAACAGAUAAAUUUUUAAUAUGAAGAAGCAGUUUUUUCGAGUUAAGCAAUUAGCUGACCAAACAUUCCUCAAAGCCGAAAAAAGUGAAAUCUUCAACCAUGAAGAAUUACAAAUUGCCGAUCAGAAAGUGGAGUUUCUGCGGGGUGCACUCAGUGCAAUUACAAAAAAGAUUGCUCCUAAUGGUCCCACCAUAGACAUUGAAAAGCUUUUAAAAAAGACUGUCGAGUACCAACUAGGGACAACUUUUAUGGAAGAAUCUAAACUUUCUCGAGAAUGUCCAUUAUUUCAAAUCAUUUUAAGAGAAUGUGGACAGGUCGAACAACAAUUAGCAAGAGAAUAUGCUGAUCAUGAACUAAAAGUUGAAGAGUUAGUUUAUGCACCUCUACAGAAUGUAUUAGAAAACGAUUUCCCCAAUAUUCUCAAGCACAAACAUAAUUUAAGAAAAUACUGUUUGGAUAAAGACUCUGCUAGUAAUAGAUAUCAGGCAUCUGGUAAAGAGACUUUAAGGGAGGACAUGGAAGAAGCAGACACUAAAGUGGAACAAAGUCGUGAUGCAUUAGCAAGUGAAAUGUUUAGUGUACUGGCAAAGGAAAAUGAAAUUUCGGAAUAUAUCUUACAGUUAUUAAAAGUACAGAGGAGUUAUCAUGAAAGUGCCCUCAAGAAUUUACAGGCUUUGAUUCCUCAACUAGAAAAAAGAAUAGGUGAUAGCCCUGUGAGAAGAGUAUUUGGUACAUCUUUGAAAGAACACCUGCGCAUUACUAAUAAACGAUUAGCAUACCCAUUAGAAAUUUGCAUCUCUGCUCUUACUGAAUACGGUAUGUCUGAAGAGGGAUUAUUUAGGGUUGCAGCCAGCACAUCAAAAGUAAAAAGACUGAAGGCUUCUAUAGAUUCAGGAUGUUUUUCCGUCCUCAUACCAGAAUACAGGGACGUUCAUAUUUUAGCUAGUUUGCUGAAGUUAUAUUUGAGAGAAUUACCUGAACCUUUGUUGACCUAUCAUCUGCACAAAGAAUGGUUGGACGCUGUACAGGUACCAGAAAUUUAUCGUUUAGAAGUAGUAAAAGAGAUAGUAGCGAAACUACCACAAGAAAACAAAGACAAUCUAGCAUACUUAUUUCAAUUCUUGUCGAAAUUGGCGAAACAUCCAGAAAAUAAAAUGACAGCUUCGAAUAUAGCAAUAGUUUUGUCUCCAAAUUUACUUUGGAACAAACAUGAAAAUUUAAAUGUUAAUAUUGGCAAUUGUGUUACUGUCAAUAUUCUAGUCGAACUUUUGAUUAAAGAAAGUGAUCAGCUAUUUCCUGAUGACGCCAGUAAAUAUGUUAGUUUGAUGGAAAUAUUUCAAGAAGAAGACAAUAAUUUUAAGGCUAGUAAUUCUAAUUUGGAUAGCAGUUGGAUGGACAGCCCGAAACCAAAUCAGAGAAAGAAAAAGUCUGCACCUGUCCCUCCGAUUGCCAACAGUAAAACUGUAGAUGGUUCCUCCAAAUUGAUACCAGCUUCGCCAAAAAAUAUUUCAAAACAUGAAGAUGUACACAUAUCUGCACCACAAUUAAACUCAGCACCACCGACACAAGUUACAAAAACGGAAGAAUCUUUUCAAAAAGCACCAGUAUCUCAAAAUAAUUUGAAAGAAACUAAACCAGAAGCGGCCCCUAGAACAUUACUAGUGAAGACUACAUAUCCAAGCACCUUACCUAGACCUAAUGAUGCACAUAAGAAAGUAACGAGCACAAAAGACAGUAUAAGUCAAACCACGCAGAAAUCUGAUAGAGGUACUAUGACUGAAGGUACCAAUCAUUCUUCAAAUAAAGCUGUUGACCAUAAGUAUACAUCUAGCAUCUACCACAAGCCUGUAAGAGUACAGAAAAUAAUUUUGGGUGAAAGUUAUACUUCAAGCAUUUUCUAUAAGGUAAAUCCAACUGUGAUACCCGAUAACAAAUUCGAAGAUACCGACGAAGUUCAAAUUAGAAGAUCAGAAUUAACUGCGAAACCCGAAAUCCCAGCGCGCCCGUCAUCACUUCGAACAACCGCCCAAUGUUCUGUUUAUAAUGUUGCCAAUAAACAACAACCCGCUUACAUUAAUAUACAAGGCAAGAUGGAUAUUUUUCAGCCAGGUCAUGACAACAAAAUAGCCGACAAAGAAAGGUUUCUGGGCCACAAACCAGAAAACAGGGAUUCUAACCACAACAGUGAUAAUGAUUCGAGAAUGAACUCAGAUAAUUCUAGGAAUAGCUUGGAAAUUCAUAAAAAUGAAAUGGUGAAAUCAGUCAACAGCAUAGAAAAGACCAGUGAUAAUUGUGAUAUGAAUAACGCCAAUCAAAAUAUACAGAAGUCUAGUCACACUAGAGCCAGAUCCGAUGGUGGAGUAAUCGAUUUGAAUAGAAGCGUCUGCUUAGGCACACAGGGUAGGAAUUUAAGUAAACCGACGCAGCCUCCUCCUCCCCCACCAGAUUUAGUGGGAUAGAGAAAUUUAAAAGAGGUGAAGCAUAUUGUUUAUCACCCGGAUACGUCCGAUGAUAAUAUGUGAAAUCUUCAUGCAAUCAAUAUUUAUGGAUUUAAAUAUUAAACUUUUAUAAUAUAUUGGAUAAAUCACGAUUUGAAAGCAAGUGAAGAUGAUAAACAGUGAGUUGUUUAAACACAAGUCGUUUUUAUAUUAUAAACGACAAUCUUUAUUUAUGUAUUAUAUAAAUCAAAAGAUAAUUCUAUAAUAUUCUAAGAGAGACAGAAGAAAAAUUUCUCAGAGAGCAAAAACUAAUUUUGUUUUGUAAGGUUACCAAACCACCACAUAGCUUCUGUGAACAUAAAUUCAGUAUUCAACAGAUUUCUAAGAAAUUAUCCAAUUUAUUCCCAAAAAAGUUGUGUAAUUCUACUCAAUACCUUGUUUAUUACUACUACACCGAGAUUUACAAUUAUGCUCUUUAAUGCGCGUUUCGAUAAGUUAUCAUCUUGUAAGAUCAAAGAUAACUGGUGUAGAAGUACUGAACACUGUGUUAACUCUAUGGUGCACAAUUCUUUCUAGUGAACUGAAAAAUAUAUUUUCUGGUGCUUUAUCGAGCGUACUAACUACCAAAAACAUUAAAAAAAUUCUAGGCUUAUUAGAAAAACGUAUUUUAUAAAAAAAUAAGUUGUACCAAAUAUGAUACAUAGCGGAUACAAACAAAAAAAGUAAUAGCACACAUAUAAAACUAAGUAUUGUGAAAUUUCUGGAAGCAAUUAUUGUUUUUAUUGAGACCAAAAUGGGAUCCACAUUUGGAACAUUGUUAUACAGAAAAGAUGAACAUUUGGGAUGCUUGCAUUUCUGCCUUUCCUUUCUCUACAAUGGCCAAUGUGAUUGGCCAUCCACCAUUACGUCUUAUGGAGGAAUGUGGAAUGUUGUUAAUGACCUUUUCUUUUUUUUCUUGUAUUUCUUUUUUAAGAUCUGAUGGCCUACCUCUUUUCACUAUACAGUUAAAAUUGACAUUACACAAACAAUAUGCAGUCUCAGCUCUAAAAUCUGCAAGUUUCAUAUAGUUUUGAACUCCUUUUUGUGCAAAGUAUCUUCGGUAAAGCAGCCAGGAAUUUACAACUGUCAUGUCAAGAAGAUGUUAGAACAACCUCAUAUACCACAUUUUAUUUUGAUUUUGUAACGACCAAUGUGGCUAUAUAUAAUAUUAACACCCCCAUAAGGAGGUUAUAGCCUUGAACUACACUUCACAAUCAAUCUUCAAAUGUUGCUUUGCUCUUCUGUCAUACCGACCAAUUUUUCCUUUUGGUAACUCUCCAGAAUAAGUUGCUAGCAAAUAAACACUUUUGUUAUCUUACCAGGAAAUGGAUAUUUCCACACCUUCAAGAUCACAAAGAUAUUCAACAGAUGUCCCACGAUCCAUUUUUUGCAGCCUCAUCCGAAGAUAAUUUGCAGUAAUACGAUUACGUCUAACAGUACCCAGCAAGUAUAUUCCUCGCAUAGCGAGAUAGUGUAGUAAAGGCAAAGACAUGAAGUUGUCAAAGUAGAUAACAAAAUUCUGAGCUUGUGGGACAAUUCUGGUCAACCUAACGACCACGUUGAAACUUGCACCUAGAUCAGGUUCUUCUAAACUACGAUGUUUUUUGUCAUUUUCUAUACCAAUACAAAUUUCAAAUUUUUAUGAAUAUCCAGUAGUUCCACAUUAAAUAAAAAGUUUGUAGUUCCAUUUGUGGCGUGAAAUCGAUAUAAACCAAUUCUUGGGCAUAUAUAUAUAUAUAUAUAUAUAUAUAUAUAUAUAUAUAUAUAUAUAUAUAUAUAUAUAUAUAUAUAUAUAUAUAUAUAUAUAUAUAUAUAUAUAUAUAUAUAUAUAUAUAUAUAUAUAUAUAUAUAUAUAUAUAUAUAUAUAUAUAUAUGCCCAAGAAUUGGUUUAUAUCGAUUUCAUUCAGGCCAGAAGGUUUGCUUGGAUUUUUUUCAGUAGCAUAACUAUUGGAUUCAUACGUAAUUUUCUGAAUUAGUUCAUAAAAAAGAUGCUUGAAAAAAGCAUAAUGUGUAGACAAAUCCAGUAUGUACUUGAAAGCGUGGUGUCUCCCUUAAAGGCAUUUUUAGUUUCAUCCAUAUUCUUGCACUGUACAAUAACUGACACUAUACUAGAAAUAUUAUUCUCUAGAACAGGAUCCUUUUGUUGGUCAGUAGGCUUGUUAUUAAAAAUAAUCUCAUCCUCAAAUUCUAAAGGCAGGUUUUCUAUAUAAAUAUCAUCAAUGUCCAAGUCAUUGACAUUUUACUCUCGUAUUUCACUUUUCAGACAUGCUUCAUACUCCCUGACAUCCAAGUCAUCGUCACUGUUCCAAAAAUUCGCAGCAAUUUCGUGUAAUUCACGUUCAGAUAAUGGUUUCUUAUGGUCCAUCUUAACCCUGCAACAACCGCUAUGUUGCAGAUCUUAUACAACCAAAAAAAUGACGCAAUUUAUAAAAAAUUAUCAAUCCAGGAAAUCAAUCGAAUAUAACACGUUUAUUUUACUCACCAUCCAGUUAUCAUUUAACCACCAUUAACAAAAAAAUAAAACAAUAACUAACAAAAAACAAGAAAAAUUGAAGGAGGUCACAUUCACUUAUCCACAAGCAUGUGUGGGCAGCAACAAAGUAAUUAAUUUUACGCGCCAACAAUAUCCGCGCGCGAAUAUCUUUAUGGUGUCGUAUUAAAAAUUAUAUCAAACCUGCUACAGAGCGCAUCAACGAGUUUAUAUGGGUCAGACUCAAAUUAGGUUAUAUAAAAGAAUGGUGCAUCAGAUUUGCUACAAUGCGCACUAAAGGGUUAAAUAUGAAUAUCGCAAACUUUUUCAAAAUUCAACUUAACUACUUCUUUUUAGAAAUACUUGGUUCUCAUCUUUAAUAUAAAUCAUCUAAGUUGAUUAAUAAAAGCAAUCAUCCGAAGACAAUAAUUUUAUCAUCUUGACAAAUAUUGAUCAAUGCUUUGUUACAAUGUUAGAAAGUAUAAUAUUUUUUUGCUAAAAAUGAUUAAUCUAGACAAUAAAUUUGUAUGCAACUUUGGGUUGAAUUAUGAAUGAGUAGAUUUUUUAUUAAACUUUUUUAAAGUAUAAUUCAUCUUAUCUGUAUCUUUUUAGUUGGAUUAUCACUUAUUCGUUAUAUUUCUAUUUAAACCAUAUAGUUUUCUACUCUAAUAGUUUCAUAUUCUCAUCUUACAGACAAUUCUGACUAUAUUUUUUCCUAAAUUAUUUUGUUUAAUAAUAAUUUGUUGUAGAAUAAAAUUCAUUGAUCUACUAUAAGAAAGGACAUCAUUUUUGGAAGUAUUUACAGUAAAACCUAAAUUUGUUUCCAAAUUGUAAGCUUUAGACUCAUUUAGUUAUAUUUAAAUCCAUAAAAAAGGAUAUAAAAUUUGUUUAACUGUUUUUAUCUUAUCAAAAUAUUUUCAAGUUAACUGUUAAUGGAAUGUAGCUAAAUAAAUUAAAUGAUAGAUCUUUAAGAAAAAUAUUUCGAGAAAUGAUAGAAUCAUUAAGAUACUGAGGAAUUUGUAAUUGUGAAUGACCACAUUUUGAUUCUAAAUUUGUUUUAAUAUACAUAAUCUCAUUACUAUUUUACUGAAUAUUCCCAGCUUUAUUUCCUUUUUAAGAGUUCAUACAAUUGGUAUAACCAAUAAAUGCGUUUCAUAUCAUUGAGUGGAUUCAAUGUACAAUUGGUUAUCUAUUUAAUCAUAUUCCAUAAAGUCCGUUUUUCAGCCUAGCCUCCCUCUUUUUUGGUGAUAAUUAAGGCUUCUGAAAUUUCAUAUCAAAUGUCACUUCUUGUCGGAUAGAUAAUACAUAACCUAAGCAACAAAAUAUGUUUGACAAAUAAUGGUCCACUGACCACCUCCAAUAUAUGUUUCCCAGGCCGUAUCGGCCGAGUGUACUAAGGCCAACUGUAUUUCCCGAAACGGUUGCUCAGCAGUCAGUCGAACCACGUCUACAUUAGCCUUUAAUUGGCUCUUGAGAAUUACUGUAUGCUAGGCCUGCGCUGAAAAUUCCUUUUUUUCAACAUUUAAAUAUUUUGUCGGGACCCCGGGCCCCCUAUUAUUUCGAAUUGGUGAAUUAACCCACAUUUCUCCUACUUUAAAAUGACCCUCUACUCUAGACGGUCAUAAAUGCUAAGCGGUGCACAGAACGCGAACAUGACGCGCUCUAAACACUCAUAAAUGAUCGCUCUUGUACGCGCUCGAUAACCUCACUUUUCUAGUGUAGUUUGUAGUUGCACAUACCCUGAAAUAUGACUCUUAUGAGUAAAGAGCGGAUAGAAUUUGUACGUACUCAUGAGUAUUUAUAUAACAAACAGUCGGCUGGAUACAGGAAAACUAAAAUUUGGUAGAAUAUAGGGAAUCAUUUCCCCCUUGAAAAUUCCAUGCCAAACUAAUGAUGUAACUUUUUGAUCUAAUCGACAAUCAGGCUUUCUUAUUAAAUAUUUUGUUAAGCAUCUGCUCAAUAAGUUUAAAAGAUGAUCAUAUAAACAUUGAUUCAUUCUUCUAUGUUUAAAAAAUUCAUUUCAUUUAAAAGUAUUUUGAAGUAAAGUAACUAUAUAUCUAUUCAAAUUGAGGGGUCUCACCCACCAACACCGUGUCAAAUGAAGUUUUGUAUAUAUUUCUCUACACAUUGCAUAAAGUAAAGUUAAUAUAUAUUAUAAAUAAUUCCCAACCGUUGAUCACUGUUGAAAUUUCUUUAUGUACAUGCACUUUUAAAGUUGUUCACGAGCAAACCAGCGACUUUUUCGGGUUCAUUCCGUGCAGCUUUAAAAAUAAUAAUAAGUACAUAUUCUAAUAUGUAAUAGUAACCGAAAAAUAUGCGCCUUUCAAAAUAAACGACUCAUUUGCAGUUGUUCUGUUUUGUAUAUUCACACUAAUUGAUCUGCAAUCGCAGAUAAUUCCUAUAUGAACUUAUAUUAUUCCAAUAUAAUUUAUUGUGUCCUGAUUAAAUACAUGAAUUAACCAAAAUUCCGUCGUGUAAGGUCUUCUAGAACGGUCGAAAUCGCAGAGUAUUACUUGGUUUGUUCGUGACGAGCAUGUCGCUUUAAAUGUGCGUUGAUCAUCAUUAUUUCUCAUUUCAUACAAAGAUCUGGGGUUGCAUCCUUACUCGAAACUCGUAGAUUUAUUGUAAUAGGUUCAGUUUGUUGCGUUAGUUAUUAUUGUACAAUUGGUUAGUAGACAAUAAUAUACACAUUUACAAAUUUCUCAAAUAUCUAUUGUUGAUAAUUAAAAAUGUUUAAUACAGAAAAAAUGCAUUUAUAUUUCACUAGUUAUGUUUCACUGCAUUUCUGUACUGGUAUAAUAUAAUGAACAGGCUUCUUUUUGCUUGAAAAAUUAAUUUAUUUCUUGAUCUUUGAGGCUGCUUUAAAAGUAUAUAUCGAUUUUUCUUUUUGGGAUAGCUAAUAUAGGAAUUGUCGUGAUAGGAUUAUAGAUGGAAUUUACGAAAUAGAUUAAAGGGUUAAUUUCUUAAUUUUAAAAAAUAUUUACAUUUGUAAAGUCAAAUUCUAUUAGCUGAAAUAUAUUUUCAUUUUCAGUUGCCUAUAUGAUCAAGAAAUUAUAAAAUAUGGACGAAUCGAUUAAACGAAGCUUAUUUAGACUUUAUUAUUUUUUGUUAUAUUAUGCCCUAAUGAUUUUCAGAGAAAAAUUUAUUUGUGUAUCCUAUUAUUCAAAAAUAUUUUUUCAGUAACUUUAUCUAUAUACGCUUUUAAUUCUAUUUAUUACUUGUACUCUUAAUCCCAAUACCAAAUAAUGUUUUAGACAAAUUAUUUUUUAUGUAAGGCUUCGAAAGCUCAACUUAUGUUUUUAUUUUAUACAUUCUCAACUAUAUUCUGAUGUACGCGUUAACUAUUUGAAUAUUAUGUUUAGUUAAAGGAUUUAUGCCCCUUCUCAAUUAUUGCCUUGCAAUUAUCUAUAAUAUAACUUUUCUAUAAAUUGUUUGAAAAUAAAGUUAUGUAAAUAGUU